CCGGAACGUUACCACACUUAUCCCCUCCUUUCCCGUAAUCAAUGGCCUCCCUGAUUUCCAAAUCUUCCAUGGCUUCCUCCUAUUACUCAAACAUCUGUUGUUCUUCUUCUCCUCCUUCUGCGUCUAUUCCCAAAUUACCCUCUUCCACCUGCUUCCCAUCGUCUAUCUACCCCCUUGAAUCAUGUGGCUACAACGGAAUUUCACUCCAAAGACCUCCAUUCGAUUCUAGAACGUAUGCCAAGUUUGACAAGUUUGAAGGACAAUCUUCAAAUGACGAAUUUGAGGAAAUCUCAUCAGCUUCACUUCAACAAGAAGUAGAAGAAGAAGGUGACAGUUGCUUGCCUUCUGAUUUGGAGGGUGCAGUUCGACAAUCAAGUGAAGCAACUGCUGCUUUUGUGUCUUCAGGAGGAAUGAGAGCCAUUGUGGAGCUUUUGAUUCCACAGUUGCAGUUUCUUGAUGAUGAAGGUGCUCAGGCUGAACUCUGGGAACUAUCUAGAAUUUUUGUGGAUGCACUCAUCCAGGAAACUGGAUGUCAGAGAGUCAAAGCAAUAUUUCCAGAUGCUGGUGCUGCUGCUCUUUUGAAGUAUAGAUGGAAUGAUGCCACUUUCAGUUUUGCUAGCUUAAGUGACAGAAAGCCUGUGGAGAAAGAAGAUGAAAUUAUUGUGAUGGUAGUGCCAGAUUAUCAGAUGUUGGAUUAUGUAGAGAGAAUAGCAUCCGAUUUAUCAGAUGAUCCGCCACGACCUUUGAUUAUGUGGAACCCACGUCUUAUUAGUGAGGAUGUUGGAGUUGGAUUCAAUGUUCGGAAAUUGAGAAGAUACUUCUUAAGAUCUUUUACAACGGUGUACUCAAUGAAGCCUCUACCUACUGGCGCUGUAUUUAGAUGCUAUCCUGGAUUAUGGAAGGUGUUCUUUGACGACAAGGAUAGACCAAAUCGUUAUCUACUAGCCAGGGAAAUGAUAAGUCGUCCUGUCUCAGAAGACCUUGAGAUAAUAUUUGGAGAAGGUGGAGAUGAUACGGAGGAGGGGCCAUCAUUUUUUGGUCAAGCCAAUUGA